CAGCAGCCGUCGAGACGAGUCUCUGUCUCUGAAAGGAAAUUCAGACUGACUUCAUCAGGUCUUUCUCAACAACACAGCAGAGUCUCUGCCAAACACUGAUAUGGCUGCUGCGAACCAUCUGCUGUCUGAAGAUCAGUUCCUGUGCUCCAUCUGUCUAGAUGUGUUCACUGAUCCUGUCAGCACAUCAUGUGGACACAACUUCUGUAAAAACUGCAUCACUGAACACUGGGAUACUAAUGACAGGUGGCAGUGUCCGAUGUGUAAUGAGGUUUUCAACACAAGACCGAAGUUGCGGGUCAACACUUUCAUCUCUGAGAUGGCUGCUCAGUUCAGACAAUCAGCUCAGCAGGAAGCCUGCAGCAGCAACAGCAGCAGCAGCAAGAGCAGCAGCUCGGAUCAACAAGUGUCCAAUCCAGGAGAAGUUCCCUGUGACGUCUGCACUGGAACCAAACUGAAGGCCCUGAAGUCCUGCCUGGUGUGUCUGGUCUCCUACUGUGAGACUCACCUGGAGCCUCAUCUGACAGCUUCAGGCCUGAAAAAACAUCAGCUGAUCGACCCUGUGGAGAACCUGGAAGCCAGGAUGUGUACGAAGCACGAUAAACCUCUGGAGCUGUUCUGUAAGACCGACCAGACAUGUGUCUGCAUGCUCUGCACUGUUUCAGACCACAAGAUGCACGAUGUUGUUCCAAUGAAGGAAGGAUAUGAAGGAAAGAAGGCCGAGCUGGGGAAGACAGAGGCUGAAAUUCAGCAGAUGAUCCAGAAGAGACGACUCAAGAUUCAGGAGAUCAAACAGUCGGAGUCUGUUGAGAGAGGCCUGAAGGAGCUCAUCGACACCAUCGAAGAGAAGCAGAGAACAGCAGAGCAACAGGCUGAAGGCUUCAUCAAAGAGCUGGAACAGGAAAUCUCUGAGCUGAUCAAGAGAAGGACUGAGAUGGAGCAGCUCUCACGCUCUGAAGACCACCUCCAUCUUCUCCAGAGUGUCCAGCAGUAUGCCAUAAAUGUGACUCUUGAUCCUGAUACAGCACAUCCUACACUCAUCCUGUCUGAUGAUGGGAAACAAUUGAAUCCCGGUGAUAUACAGAAGAAUCUCCCAAACAACCCAGAGAGAUUUUCUCUCAACCCCUGUGUUUUAGGAAAGCAGAGUUUCUCUUCAGGCAGAUUUUACUUUGAGGUUCAGGUUAAUGGAAAGACUGAAUGGGAUCUAGGAGUGGCCAGAGAGUCAAUCAACAGGAAACAAGACAUCCCACUGAGCCCUGAUGAGGGUUACUGGACUAUAUGGUUGAGGAGAAGAAUUAAGUACAAAGCUCUGACUGAUCCUCCAGUCCGUCUCUCUCUGAAGUCUCGGCCUCAGAAGGUGGGGGUGUUUGUGGAUUAUGAGGAGGGUCUGGUCUCCUUUUAUGACGUAGAUGCUGCAGUUCUUAUCUACUCCUUUACUGGCUGCUGCUUCAGUGAGAAACUCUUUCCAUACUUCAACCCU